AUGUCUUCGAUCAACGUUUAUCGUGGUACCCCAGGUGGAAAGGCUCAGGAGGGCACGAUUGCCUGGCCUGGUCCUCCAAAAGCCCAUCAAGUGACUGUUCGCGUCACUCAUUCCGGCCUGUGUGGUACCGACGAACACUACAAGUCGCAAGACAUGGUUCUUGGUCACGAGGUAGUUGGAAUCGUCGAGGCAAUUGGCGGCUCUGUCAAAAUUCUCAAGGUUGGAGAUCGGGUUGGCUGGGGAUACUGUCAAGGUAGCUGCCUCAAUUGCGAGUCUUGUCAUCAAGGUCAAGAGCUCUACUGCGAACAACGACAGUUCUAUGGCUUUGACGAAUUUGAUCAGGGCUCAUUCGCGACUCAUGCGACUUGGAACGAGCAUUUCCUCUUCCGCAUCCCGGAAAGCAUCCCCUCCGCCGAAGCAGCUCCCUUGAUGCGCGCUGGUGCAGCCGUCUAUUCCGCUCUACGCAGUGCAGGAGUCCAGUGGCAUCACCGAGUAGGUGUUCUCGGUCUCGGAGGACUGGGUCACCUCGCUGUUCAGUGCGCCGCCAAGAUGGGAUGUCAUGUUACGGUUUAUUCGCACUCAUCCAGUAAAGAAGAGGCAGCACGAAAGCUGGGAGCAUCAGACUUCCAAGUCAUGGGUAGCGAUUCUCGCCCUGGCCGCACCGUUGACUGUCUGCUCCUUGCCGGUGCUCAACAACCAGACUGGUCUACGGUUCUGCCACUGGUUCGGCGAGGUGGCGUCAUCAGCGCCACGACUGUAGAUUCAUCCGAGCUAUGA